GACGAGCUAGGCGGAGCGCGGGCUUUUAUUUAUAAUGAACGAUAAAAUGGCUACACCUUCAUCAGCACUCAAACGUUGGAAAAGAAAGCGAGUCAGUGGAGUAAACUAUGCUGCUACGUAUGGAAUCGAUAGAAGGAAAAGCUUUCCUCGGGACGCCAAUGGUUUGGAGCCCGUGGGUGCUUACUUCACAUCCUCAGAAGAGGAAGAUGACACAAGCUUUGAAUACACUAAAACUGUCACCCCGUCAAGUAUUUCGUCUCCUAGUCCUACUACUCGCAGUGCUUCUUCUUCAGCUGCUGCUGCUGCUAUUAGUACUCCAAGGAACCAGUCAGUUACUGCUACUCCUAAUCGGACACUCUCAAGGUCUAGGAAGAAGCGUAAGAAGAUUACCUGUUCAACUGGACCACGCAAACAACCAGCAAGACAAAGUAUUAGUAAGGAAGCAAAGCCACCAGUUAAACCUGUUACUCCUCCAAGGGAAGCAGUUGCUACAUCACCUGCAAAAACUGUCACUCCAACAACAAGGCACACAACUACAACUCCUCCUCCACAACCUCCUUCUACUAGUAGAGCCUCUACCAGGACUACUGUGACCAAUUCAAAGCAUACUUCAUCUCCUUCUCCUCCACCUCCUCCUGUCACUACCACCAGACCCUCCACUAGGAAUGCUUCAAGGUCUACCAAUAAUUCAAGGCAUACAACUACAACUUCAUCUCCUCCUCCUCCACAACCUCCUCCUACUAGUAGAGCCUCUACCAGGACUACUGUGACCAAUUCAAAGUCUUCCACUGCCAGGAAAGACUCGCCUCCUCUUAUCAUUGAUAGUAUACAGGAUCUAGCUUCUCCUUCUAAAGCUGCUCCUGUUGAUCAGUUGCCUAAUGCUUCUCCUUUGAAGACUGUUGUGAAGUCAAGGAGGAAACGGAAGAAGAUAACUUGUCCUCCACCACGACGACGCCAACCAACCAAGAGGACUAUCACUGAGAUCACUCGAAGGACUGAUGUCACCCCUGGAGUAAGGAGGACUAAGAGACCCAAUAUUGCUAGAGUACCGGUUGGAGGGUAUGUAGAGUAUAAGGACCACUGGGGGAACACGCCCAGCGAUACUUAUGGUCGUGAAGCAGUCCAUAUUGUUAAUCCUAUACCCAGCCCCACUCCUAGAAGUAGAAGAAAUACUAACAAUAAGAGAACAAGAGAUGAGGAGGAUUUGUAUCUAUCUUUUGCCUCUCCUGAUGAUCCUGAGAAUAUUGUGAGACAUCAUAUCUUGUUUCCACUGUCUCACGGGCAACUGUGUAAUGUAGAUGGAAUGGAUCUACAGCCUGGAGAUGAUUUGAUCAUUAAUAGAGUGAUGGGAACUGACGACUAUCAAAAAGGAGAGAUGGAACUAAAGAAAGGAUCAGAGAAGCCGAUGGCACAGAAUGGGAACUGUGAAAUGGUAUUUCGUGUUCUGAAAGGAAAAGUGUUAGCAGUACUAGAGGACCAAGAAGUAGAAGUGUCUACUAAUGAGUAUGUUCUUAUUCCUCCUGGUACUGCUUAUCAACUGAACAAUCUUUCAAGAUCAAAUACAGUCAUAGAUUAUACUGUUAUAAUGAAAAAAUAGACAAUAACUGUUUUAUUACACAUUCAUGUAUGACUGUAGAAACAUUAUCGUAUAGCGGGUUUGUUUCGUGAGGGUAAACUUUCGUUCUCCAUCCUCGAAAUGACUUUCGUGCGGUUAAA